GAGAAAAAGAGAGGGAGGGAGUAUAUGUGUGUGUAUAUAUAUAUGAGCGCGCGCGCGCUUAGGAAAGCUACCGAACGCCGCCUCUCCCGCGAGACCAGGCGAAGGCUGCGCGCGCAAGCAGACGGUCGCUGAGGGAGGGAAAGAAGAAGAAGAGGCACAGCGGCCCUGACUCCUAGAAGAACUUAAGGGGGAAUGGAAGCGGAGAAGAUGGAUGAGAAUGAAUGGCGAUACCACGGGGAGGGCAACAAGAGCCUCGUCGUCUCCCAUAGACAGCGCUGUGUGGUGCUACGUUUCUUGAAGUUUCCUCUGAACCGAAAUAAGACACCAGAAGAAAUCUUUCAUCAUCUUCAAAAUAUAGUGUACUUUGGGAAACACAUUAUGAAGCAGUUUUUUGGGGAGAAGUACAUCCAUCAUGGGGAGGUUGUACAGCUAUCUUUGGACUUCGUGAAACAGCUUUGUUUAAAGAUCCAGUCAGAGAGACCAGAGUCUCGCUGUGAUAAAGACAUGGAUGCUCUUAGUGGUUAUGCUAUGUGCCUUCCUAACCUCACCAGGCUACAUUUUGUUGAACACCGACCCAUACUUUGUGUAGAGAUUAAGCCCAAAUGUGGGUUUCUCCCUUUUUCAAGCCAUGUUUCCCAAGAGAUAAAAUACAAAGUGUGUCGUUAUUGUAUGCAUCAACAUCUAAAGGUAGCAAAAGGAAAGUGGAAACAGCUCAGUAAAUAUUGUCCCCUAGAUCUCUUCUCAGGAAAUAAACAGAGAAUGCACUUUGCCUUGCGAAGCCUACUACAGGAGGCACAGAAUAACUUAAAAAUAUUUAAGAAUGGUGAAUUAAUUUAUGGUUGUAAAGAUAAUGAGGACUCUUUAUCUGAUCUGAAUGAACUCGCUCACCAUCUGAAGCCUUUCUUCUUUCCAUCAAAUGGCCUGGUCAGUGGGCCACAUUGUACAAGGACAGUUCUGAAAGAAUUGAUCCAUGUAAUAACAAUGGCUCUGCUCAGCAGCACAGAUAUCUGCAAAGCAGGUGAUAUGAAGAUUGUUCCCUCAUCACAAGGAAGGAGUUACUGUGAAGCAAGUGCUUUCAGUAAAGAACUAGUAAGAAAUGGUAAGAAGUUUCUUCCUCUACUUUGCCUUCGCUCUUAUUAAUAUUGUGAAACCAC